AUGCCCAUGAGACUGGAUAUAAAGCGCAAGCUUUUGUCGAGAUCUGACCGAGUAAAGUCAGUAGAUCUGCAUCCAACCGAACCAUGGAUAUGUGCCGCAUUGUACAAUGGAAAUGUUCAUAUUUGGAACAUCGAAGCCCAACAAUUGAUAAAAACGAUAGAAGUUUGUACAAGCCCUGUGCGUGCCGUGAAAUUUGUAGCACGUAAGAAUUGGAUUGUCACAGGCUCCGACGACAUGCAAUUACGUGUAUUCAAUUAUAAUACUCUUGAAAGAAUUCAACAAUUUGAAGCACAUUCAGACUAUAUACGAUCGAUUGCGGUACAUCCUACACAACCAUUUAUUCUCACUUGCUCAGAUGAUAUGCUUAUACGUCUAUGGGAUUGGGAAAAUAACUGGACGUGUGCACAGGUAUUUGAAGGACACAAUCAUUAUGUAAUGCAAUUAGUCUUCAAUCCAAAGGAUAACAACACAUUUGCUAGUGCUUCAAUGGAUCAUACUGUCAAGGUAUGGAGUCUUGGAUCAGGUACACCAAAUUUCACUUUGGAAGGUCAUGAAAGAGGAGUCAAUUGUGUGGAUUAUUAUGCAUCUGGUGAUAAACCUUAUCUGGCUAGUGGAUCAGAUGAUCGAACCGUUAAAAUAUGGGAUUAUCAAACUAAAGCAUGUGUACAGACUCUUGAAGGUCAUGCCCAAAAUAUCAGCUCAGUUUUAUUCCAUCCUGAAUUACCAAUUAUCUUGACAGGAUCUGAGGAUGGAACUGUACGAUUUUGGCAUGCAAAUACUUAUCGUUUAGAGUCAACGCUAAAUUAUGGUUUAGAACGUGUGUGGGCAAUGACAUGUCAUAGAGGCAAACAAGUACUAGGUAUUGGUUAUGAUGAAGGUACAAUUGUAAUAUCAUUGGGUCGAGAUGAACCUGCUAUGUCUAUGGAUUCAUCUGGAAAGCUGGUUUGUGCCAGGCAUGCUGAACUAGUACAAGCGAAUUUACGCUCGUUGAAUUUCAGUGGUGAAGGUGGUGAUACUAUUCAGGAUGGUGAACGUCUUCCAAUUACUUUUAAAGAUAUGGGUACAAGUGAAAUAUAUCCACAGACAAUUGAACACAACGCCAAUGGACGUUAUGUUGUUGUUUAUGGUGAUGGAGAGUAUAUCGUUUAUACGGCUAUGGCACUGAGAAAUAAAACAUUUGGUCAAGGCUUAGAAUUUGUUUGGUGUCAGUCAGAUGCUGGAGUGUAUGCCGUACGCGAAAGUAAUGCUGUGGUUAAGGUAUUCAAACAAAUGAAGGAGAUUCGUACUUUUAAACUUGACUAUGGAGCUGAACAAAUAUUCGGUGGUCAAUUGUUAGGUGUACGCUCAUUGACUGGUUUAACAUUUUAUGAUUGGUUAACUGGACGAAUUAUUCGACGUAUCGACAAUAGUCCAAAAGGUGUUUAUUGGAGUGAAUCUGGUCAGCUGGUUGCACUUUGUACAAAUGAUGCCUUUUUCAUAUUACGUUAUUCAGCUGAUGCUGUGCCCGACUUAGAUACACCAGCGAAUAAUACUACUCAUGAAGAUACAGAUGGUUAUGAGAAGGCUUUUCAACUUGUACCAAAUGGUGAAGUCAAUGCCCAAGUUCGUAAUGGUCGUUGGUUUGGUGAUGCAUUCAUAUUUACAACACAGACAAAUCGUUUGUGCUAUUAUGUCGGUGGUGAGGUUGUCACAUUGGCCUUAUUAGAUCGUCCAAUGUAUCUCUUGGGAUAUUUGGCUAAAGAAAAUCGUCUGUUUCUAGGUGAUCGAGAUUUACAGAUUGUUAGCUACACUCUACUGUUGAGUGUUCUGGAAUAUGAAACUGCAGUGAUGCGUGGUGAUUUCACGACAGCUGAUUCAAUCCUGCCAAAUAUCUCUAAAGAUCAGUAUACAAAGAUUGCUCAAUUCUUGGAGAAACAAGGCUAUCGUAAACAAGCUAUGCGUGUAACAACUGAUAUGGAUCAUAAAUUUGAAUUAGCUUUACAAUUAGGCGAAUUUGAGUUGUGCCAACAGAUUGCAAUGGAAGGUGAUCCGAAGACAAAUGAGAAUAAAUGGAAACAGGUGGUGCUUGGUUGGUGUUGGCUACCAGUGGAAUCGAGAAUAUGCACUUCAUCCUGUUUGGAACUCCUCAGUUGGAUGUGUUUGAUCUCCAGCGUGAUAGUGUUUCUAUUGGAAUUCGAACCCAGCAGCAAAAGCAUUGUCCGGUGGGGUUCUAGAGCCACUCGUAUGCGUCAACGAGUAUCAGUUAUUAUUCAUUGACACUAUUAUAACAGACACGAAAUCUUAUAGCUUGUACUAGAGCUGGGAUACUGCCCAAACGCCCAGACCGAAGUAAGUGGUUGUUUCUAGGGGACACUCCCGGAUCAUUCAACUCUUGAAGAGUAGUCCACCAGAUAGUGGAAGUGGCCUCAGAAGUUACGUUUGCAUGGUUAGUGGUGACCAUAACAGAUCCAUACGUCAUUUGAUCUGUUUGGAUUCUAGACUUAAUAUACACCCAUAGGUGUGGAAUCAGGAUUUUCCAGCUACUCUAG